GCGGCUCGUGUCAACAGAAAACUCCGGUAAAGAAAACAAAAAACAACAACUUUAUUUCUCCAGAGAACAAAGUGGGACCCGAGUGGGACAGGACCUCUCGGCUCGGCUCGGCUCCGACCCCCUCCGAAGUUCACCCCAGAGAGAGAGAGAGAGAGAGAGAAGAGAAGAGACGAGUUGCUGGAGAGAGAGAGAGAGAGACAUUUUGAAAUCUUCUGUGGAGGAGGAGAAGAAGAAGAAGAAGUCAGAAGAACCCUACAGCAGCGUCGAAACCAGUUUAUCCUUCUGUUUAUAAUGGGAGAAAAGGGCCGAGUGAGAAGGAGAGAGUGAGAUGCUGCUGGUGAACUAGACCGAAAGAGAAGAGUGGCCCCGCGGGUUAUUUUGGUUCCUGCCUCCAACAUCACUCACACCAGUAAAGAGAAGGAGAAGAAGGAGAAGAAGCUCUGCAGGGGGACGAGGCUCAGUGGUGGGCACAGAUUUUCUGGCCGUGUGGAGCUCCAGCUGCGGACUGAAUGCAGAGGAAAAACUGAAAGCUGAUCUCCAGACCUCCCUGCCGCGUUAGGGCAGAUUGUUAGAUGUGUACCCAACACUCUAAGCCCCUGGCCUGGCCGUGGGGAUGGCAGCCUCUGCCCUGAACCUGAACGUCCUAGGAGUCAUGAACAGCAGUAAUCAGUUUCACACCCAGUCAGGCCCCCCUAGUACCACCUCCCGAGCUAGAACCAGCCCCGUCGCCCGACCGGUGCUGCCGGUUCCAGAUCGAAGCCCCUUCUGCCAGCUACUGGGUGGAGGUCUCUACAACCCCACCAGCCCUUCCAGCCCCGGGACGAGCCCCCCACCCCUCGGUCAAACCUUUGCCCUUCCCACUCCAUCCUCGCUCUGCCCAAGCCCCUCCCCUCGUGCUCGCUCCCCAUCCCCGCGGAGCCCGGAGCUUCUAGGAGUCAAUGUGGGCCAGCGGGUCCGACGCCUGAGUUCGUCCGGCGGUGAGGAGAGCAGGGAAGGAGACGGGCUGGACGAGAGGGGAGGAGAGUCGGGAGAGGGGGGCAAGCGAGAGGAGAGGAGACGCCAAGCGCAGCUGCUGCAAAUCAGCCGAGAGCUGCAGAACGUUGAGGUCAGGGGAAAAGUUGGCAUUUUCGAGGCCCACAUUUCCGGGAUUCGUGCCCAGGUGCUUAACAACGAGCUCCAGCGCAGCCCUCGAUCUCCGAGACGAUCAACAUCACAUCCCGGCCAAGGGAACACCGCUCUUACAUGCCCAAUGACCCAGCCGCAAGAGAGUCCCUCUGUUGUCCAAAAUGGGGGAGAAAAGGGAGAAGAAGUAACGGCGGGAGAAAGGAGAGAAGGGGAACGGAACGACAGCCCUGCUACAAAAAUGAACACUGAGAAUAAGACGCUGGUUGGUCUAAAUGGCCGCCUUUCAGAAACGGUGAUGCAAACUCCUCGCUUAGAUGGGUUUGUUGUUCAGGGUUCCCUUGAGGCGUUCGACCCAAAUGCAAAAACAGACCCGGAGAAACAGGAGGGAGUAAUUCUGGGAGCAAAUGAGGGAGAAAAAGCCAGAGGGGCGGGAGAAAACCAACAAAUUCUGGAAGUUGAAAGCGAACGGACAGAGGAAGAGGUGAGAGAUGAGAAAGAGAACCGGCUGUGUCCCGAGAUGCUCCACACAGAGGCAAACAGGCCGGAGGUUAACCCUGAAACCGCCGCUUUGGGUGAGGCGCAGAGCAGUAAGAGCUCCCGUUGUUUGGACAUGGCCGAUCAGACCUACAACCACUCUCCCUCCAUCCCUGCAGUCAUAAUAACCGACCACGGAUUAGACAGCCAGCUUCAAGCUUCCGAUGGCCCCGGCUCAGACCAGGGAAUAUGCUGCACCCCAAGUCCCGGUUCCAGCCCGGUCCCAAACUUCUCCACACGCUCCCUCAGGAAGCUUUCGUCCUCCUCCGCCUCGUCGGCCGGGUUCUCCUCGUCUUGGGAGGAGUCGGAGGAGGAUAUUUCCAGUGAUACAGAGAAAGGGGAGCAGCUCCUCAACCCUGUAGUCCUCAGUUCUCAACAGAAAGCACACAAGUCUUGGAAGAAGAUUAAGAACAUGGUCCACUGGUCUCCGUUUGUUAUGUCCUUCAAGAAGAAAUAUCCCUGGAUACAACUGGCAGGGCACGCAGGGAGUUUCAAGGCGGGAGCCAACGGCCGCAUUUUAAAAAAACACUGUGAAUGUGAGCAGCGCUGCUUGUCCCUCCUGAUGAGGGACGUGCUGCGCCCGUACGUCCCUGGUUACCAUGGAGAUGUAGAGAAGGACGGCCAGAAGUACAACCAGAUGGAGGAUCUGCUGGCCGAGUUCGACUUUCCAUGUGUGAUGGACUGUAAAAUGGGAGUGAGGACCUACCUUGAGGAAGAACUGACCAAGGCUCGUAAGAAGCCUUCUCCUAGACCUGACAUGUAUCAGAAAAUGGUCGAGGUUGAUCCUUCGGCGGCUACACUCGAGGAAAACGAGCAGAAAGCGGUGACCAAACCCAGAUACAUGCAGUGGAGAGAGACCAUAAGCUCCACGGCCACCCUGGGAUUCAGGAUAGAGGGAGUCAAGAAGGAGGACGGGACAGUGAACAGAGAUUUUAAGAAGACAAAGACGAGAGAGCAAGUUACUACGGCUUUUCAAGACUUUGUCAAAGGAAAUAAGGACGUUCUGAAUAGUUAUCUGUCCAGGCUGAACGAAAUCAGAGACACUCUAGAUACCUCCCCGUUCUUCAAAACCCACGAGGUGAUCGGCAGCUCCUUGUUAUUCGUUCACGACAGUAAAGGGCGGGCCAAAGUCUGGAUGAUUGACUUUGGGAAAACCACGCCUCUCCCCGACGGAGAAGAACUCACCCACCGAGCGUUGUGGGAAGAGGGCAACAGAGAAGAUGGCUACUUUUCUGGACUUGAAAGUUUGUUGGACAUCAUUUCAACCAUGUUGAACUCUGAGACUUGAAGUCUGAAGAGUUUUGAAUUGAACAUUUGGACUCACAACAGCAACGUGGAUGCUCUCAGACACUUGUCCUCAUGUUGGUAAACACAUCAUCCCACAACAGCCACUGGCCGAUUCACUGACGGAUGCAUUGUCUUUAUUCUUAUCCAGUGGAGGUUGAGGAUCUCCACCAUUCACAGCCUUCAGGGGUUUUUCCAGCAGACAUUUUAAAUUGUCACAGCAGAAACACUCAGUAACAUUAACAUUGUCCCUGUAAUACAUGAGCCAGCAUGCACAACAUGUGCUUCUUCUCCUGGAUAUGGUUAAAAUGACUGCUGCGAGAAAAAGUGUAUUUUUCAUGUUCUAUAUAGUUCUCAAUACAAAUUCAAGGAAUAGGCAAGAACUAUUCUAUGUUUAUAUAUAUUCUAAGUUUUUCAAGGGUGAUGAAUCUCUCAUUACUUUUAAACUCAUAUGUGGGUCUCAACCCAUGACAUAUUUUUUCUUUUAAGAUUUUUUUUAGCAUGUUACAAAUAUUUAUUUUUAAAAGAAAUCAAGAUAUGUUUUGUCUUUUCAUUGAAUUUGUUUGACACUAUUAAAAAUAUAGAAUAUCAA